AUGGACACAAAACCGGCUACUUCACAGAACAGCAUGGAACUCAACGAGGUCCAGAUGCGGGAUGCUGUUGCUGUACCCAAGCACUACGUCUUCCUGGCCUUCCAACGCAGAAUUAUGCUCACCGAUAACCAUGUGGCGAAGUACUUCGCCACCGUCACCCAACCAGCCAACCCGGAGACCUUUCUCUGUCAUUGGGUCAACGAGGAGUAUCUUAAGCAUUUUGCCUGGAAGGAGGCGGUUCCAUCGCCAUGGGACGACAGCCCGAAACUGAUAAUGCUGCUCACCCAGACAGAGAUCGCCCGCCUCGAGACUUGGUGCCAGCAGGUUCAGCCGUUUCAGGGACCUGGACCCGGUCCGUAUAGUCCAAGAGUAGUCUACGAAUUUCAUGCGGCGGCGGCGGCUAGAUAUGGUGUGACCGGGGGCAACUUGGCCCUGUACCUCGGUCUGGGUAAGCUCCUUUAUCAACCUGGAGGUGAUCGGUACGGGUGGCCGCAAAAUUCCCUAGGACAUCCACAAAUUUCGGGCGUAACGUGGACAGAAUCGGGCUGUCAGUUCUGGAAAGAAGAGCCACAACAGACCCGACAGACAAAGACGUUGCUCUAGAGAAACGGUGGAUUGUCCCCAAGUACAGUACUUCCGGCCACGCAGGAGGCUCCAAGCCAGGUCAGCUCUGGCAUCCCACAGAGUAACCUUCCUGUCACGGCCAAUUCACGAAACAGGAAUUCUUCGCCUUCGGUGUUCAUUCAGAACGCACCGCGUCUCAAUUUCCACGGAGCAAGCGGCCAAGCACAGAUGCCUACGCACCAUGGUGGGGGAUGCAACUAAGGCCCCAGCAGAUACCUAAUUCGAUUCUAUUUGAUGGGCAACUCGCCAUCGAUCAGCCAAGAGAGUUGAAGAGGGAGCGAAAUGAGACAUAAAUGCGAAU